CACUUGUAACCACCACACAGGCUCAAUCUUUCUCCAAGAUGAAAUGUUCACUCAAAAUGAAACUAGUUUUACUUCAGUGUCCAAACUUCAAAGGUCAUGGGUGCCAGUAGAAGCCCGUCAAGCAUGGAAGAACCUCCGGAUCUGUUGGGUAGAAGAUGCUGGCACACUGUGGGUUCGAGAAGCUCCCUCGGAGUCAUUGUCUCGAGAGAUGUUGGUAUUUCAACAGAUGGAAAAGGAUAUGAACAGUUUUUUUAACAAGAAACAAAAUGGACAUUCAUAUUUGCAGUUUUCAGCCAGAGCUGGAGAUACUGUGGCUGUCCACCAUAAAGCCAACUGGUUCAGAGGGAGAGUGAAGAAUGUGAUAAAGACUAUGAAGGACCAGAAAGUUGAGGUGUUUCUCCUUGACUAUGGAGUUACAGUUAUUGCUGAUGUUUCUUCUAUUGUUUGUCUGAGUCCUGAAGAAUGGACAAGUGUUCCCUACCAAGCUAGAAAAGUCCGUUUAUUUGGCGUUACACCUUUGUCACUCGGCUACUCAUUAACUCCCUUCACCUUGAAAGUUAUGCCCAAAACAUGUCAGAAUUGGGACGAGGCGGCAGUUACUUUGGUGAGAAGAAUAUGCGAACUAAAACCAAUUGCUGAGUUUGUGCCUAUGAUGCUUGGUCCUGAUGGUUGUAUGCAUGGCUCAUUGACUGUACACAUCAAUGACCACAUUUGGAGUAAUGUGAUUCCAUUGUCACCAAUUUUCCAUUAUCGAUCUGAAGGAGGAGUCACACCAAUUGAUCUUGCUUUGAUUUUGGUGUCUCUAAAAUAUGCAACCUGGGAAGCAGAUUUAUUACACGAGAUAUUAAAGGAAAAGGAGGAAGAAGAAAUGAGUAAAAACAGUGCAGGAAGAAGAGUUCCUCCAGAUAUUCUUUCAUCAGAAGCUAACGUUGGAGUCGAGGAUAAUUCAGUGACACAAACACAUCAGUAUCAGCUUGAGUUGCAGAAUGAUGCUGCCCUGCCUCAUCUAGAAGAAACGUUACUCUCCAGUGAAGGAAUGGACGGUGGAAAAGACGAGGGGUUAAUGCAACGUUCAUUUGGUCAAGGCCGAGCGCUAAAGAAACUUCUUGGUUCGACUUCAAGUAGACAUUCAGCUCCUCAGUCUUCAGAUGUAUGUGAUAAUCCUUUGAAUUCCAGAAUAGCAGACCAUGUGUCAAGUGAGUCCACUAAUUCUAGUCUUUCAUUCGAGGCAACCACUCAACCUACUGUAGUGGAGACUAAACAUUGUGGUCAUUCUUCAUCAUCUUUGUUUGAAUUGGAAGAAAUUCCUGCUCCUGUGAAAUUACUCGAAAGCAAACUCAUGGCGUCACGGUUGGUUCAAGCUCCACUCACUGAAGACGGAACCUCUGAUAAUGAAAGAUAUCUGAAGUGCUCAUCAGUGACAGACAAGAUGGAUACUAGAAGCACCAGAGAGGAGGCAGCUUCUCUAUACACAAGAAAUUACACUGAUGUGUGUCUUAACAGUUCCUUUGUAGGGUCAACUUCUCGAUCUCAAGAACUAAAAGGAGGAAUUGGUCAAAGGAUUAUUAAGAAAAGGGAGGAUUCAUCUGAAACUUCUCCCAUUCUCCCUUCUUGUCAAGAUAAGGAAGGCUGGAACUUGAGUCAAGUAGCUGAUAUUGUUGACCAACAGGAUAAAGGUUUGACAGCAACAAGAGAAGAGAGCCAACUAACUCCAUCAAAAAAUAGUAGGACAGUACUGAGGAAAAAGAGUGUGGACGACACACAUUUAACUGAACCUUGUGAAAAUAAUACUUGCAAUGGUAUUCAAGGGAGAGAAGAUACUGCAAAGGGUUGUGAUAAGGUAAAACCUGAAUGUUUCAGUAAAACAGAUUUUCCCUUAUGGGUGUCCUCUCUCUUGUUAGAAACUGUACAGGCUGUAGGUCACCCAAGACCUAAUAACAGUUCAGACAAGUUAGACCCUGCAAUGAAAUCCUUAACUUCUGUCCACUUAAGCCAGAACACUGAAAACGGAGAUAGAAAUCACGAUGCAUUUAACAAAGAUGAAGAAAACGGCCAAUUAUUUGGGAGAAAAAAUAUAAUCAACCAUCUGGAAUUGAGUACCUGUUUUAUUUCUGAUAGCCGGGAUAUUUGGUCCAGUGAGAUGGUCUCUGACUUUAAGGAAGGGGAAUUUGCACAUGUAUUCGCACAAAACCCCAAUUCAGAAGCACUAAACAUUGCUAAGCUGUUUCGAGUGUUUGUUGCCGGUGAGUCGCGCAUUGCAGAAGAAGAAGUAAUACUAAAUGAGUAUAUGAUUAGUUCCACUUUGAAUAGUCAUAUUGUGAACGUCCUUAGUAAUGUAGGCAUGAAAGCCUCACGGCUACAGGCUUAUGCUUGGCCAGCAAUUACUCGUGGCAGUUCAACAAUCAUAGUAGGUGACAGAUCCUGUGGGAAAACGGUAGGGUAUGUUGUGCCACUGAUUUCCACCAUCUUAGAUACAUGGCGACACAUCAGCCUUCGUCUUGUCCCUGGUAUUGGGCCAGUCAUGGUGGUAAUAUGUAGUAAUUGGCGUAGUGCAAAAUGUACUGCCGAGAGCAUCGUUAGCCUGUUACCUGCUGAUGUUACCUUCAAGGUGAUGACAGCAUGGGGUGGUUGUGGACAUAAAGAAGCCAAAGAUACAAAAAUGCUUCUACACAAAGGGUGCGAUAUACUCGUCACCACACCCCCUUGCCUUGUAAGACUCCUUACAUCUGUGUCUGUCACUAAAGGGGAAAGCCUUGGUCCAGAGGAAAAGGAUAUGCCUGCCACAUCUCUAGCCAGGUGUUGCCACUUGGUUAUUGAUGAUGCUCAUAUAAGUCUGAAAUUAUUUUCUGAAGAAAUAAAGCAAUUAAUUAUUUCAUGGGGAGAGGUGAGGAAAGAGCAAGGCCGGAGUGACUUGAAUCAGCAAAUAGUAUUGGUCAGUUCUAAGUGGACCAAAUUAUUUGACUCUUUGACUAGAACUUUAUUGCCUCUUGUGGAUCCUACAGUUAUUGUUUCAGCACCUGGUGAGGCAGCCAUUGGUGCAAGGGUGUUAAGCAAAGUACACCUGGUGCCAAGUGGGGAUGCAUCACUCAUAAGAGCUGUUGAGCUUGUACAGAACUUGUAUAGAAGACCCCAGAAAAAUAUAAUCUUUGUGAGAGAUGACAUGACAGGGGACAAGAUAAAAGCCUUGCUAGAAGCUGCUUCCAUAUAUUCACUAAUUGUCCCUAGCACCAUUCUUUUCUGGAAUUUAAGAAAGAUAGUGUAUACAUGGCACAAAAUGCAAGCUGUAACUUUGGUUGUGAGCAGAGGUGCAGAACUCCUUCUCCUGCAGCACGACCUUGCUGAUGCUGAUAACAUCUUCCAUACUUACAUAGCUCAACCAGUUUCUAGCUUUACACUGAAGUACGCCUUUAUGGUAGAUAAAUUUUCUCCCGACCUGAACCGGGAAUCUCGGAAUUGUGAAUCACACGUGAUAGUGUCAAAAGCAAUGCUCCGCACGGUCCCUAAUAUCUUGACGGAACUGAAGAGGGUGUGUGGUCAUAUCGAUGAGGAAGUUGCUGGUUCUGUGACAGAAGAGGGCAAACUCUGCAAAAACAAAGCACUCUGUUACUACCUCAAGGCAUAUGGUAGGUGUCCCAUUGUCCCUUACUGUGGGUUUAGACACGAGGUAAAGAUAACAGAUAUUCCACAAAGCUCAAUAACAAGUGGGGAAGUUACCUUCGAUGUUGUAAAGGUACUAAAUGCCUCACGGUAUUUAGUUCGUCUUACAGAAUACCGUGACAAGGCAAGAACAUGUAGGUUAGAUAUGAAAAACCACUAUAUAUCUUUAUUUCUAGAUCUCCAACAACACUUUUCAGAUCCUGCAAAACGUGAACCCCUAACAUAUGUUGAACCAGGCCUGCUUUGUGCUGUGGAAGAUAAAGGCAGUUGGGCUCGUGCACAGAUUAUUAGUGUAAACUACUCAAAUAACAUUCCUAUGAUUGCUGUGUUUCUUGUGGAUGAAGGAAAGGAACUAACUGUUGAGCUGAAAGCUGCUUGUUCUCUCCCGCCAAAUUUUGCAGCUUUCCCAGAACUCAUUGUUGAGGUUUAUCUGUGCCAUAUUAAGCCAUUGGAUCAUGACAAGGAGUGGACACUUGAAGCGUCCCAGUUUGUACACGAAGUCUUCACAAGUGGUAGCAAGAACAAGUUUGUUGGCCAAAUUGUGUUGGCUCUUGGUCAGACAAUCUGGCUAAGUCCAGUCAAAGAACUUGUGCAAGUAGGGAAGUUAUUUGUGUCAAGAGGAUCAAUCAGAGGGAAACUAAUUACUCAUGGAUAUGGAAUUGACAAUCCUACUCAUCUAAAAAUAUUAAAGCAACUCUGUACAAAGGCUGGCAUUUCACUGCAUGACCAAGAUUUGUUGUAUCAGAAUGGUGAGAAAAGUGCUUUGAGUAAAACUUCUGGUAAAACACAUCAUACCCAAUCAGAGACAGAGUUAAUGAGCAAAAGCAUAGAGCAUAAAGACAACUUAGAAUUAGAGAUGCCAACUCAUUGUGUAAUAAAAGACAAAUUGAGAUGUGGCACAAUAACUGAUACCUGCCCUGAAGAAGACCAGAAGACCCACAAGUAUCCUAGUGAAACAUCAGCCAUUAUCUUGACACAGGAGGACCUACCACUUGCUGUAGAUAUAAAGGUGAAGAUUGGUGAGGUUGUGUCACCUCAUUGGUUCUUCCUUCUUCGAGAUGACAAAAUUGCAAGCUUGAAUAGUCUUGAGUCAGGACUGGAAGAUUUUAUCCCCAAACAAGAGUCCAGUUGUAAGGAAGGUGAUGAUGAAGACCUUCAGUUGGACAAGAACACUAACUUGCUGCCUUACCAGUAUUGUGUUGCCAAGUUCUCAGAUGACAGGUACUACCGGGCGCGGGUCAUCUCCAACGAAAGGGAUGGCGGGAAGAAAGUGUUUUUCGUGGAUCACGGAGAAACUUUAGUGGUACCGAGUCAUCAGGUUCAUGCUAGUCCUCGGUCCUUGGUGGAAAAGCUUCCUGCCCAGGCAGUCCUGUGUUCUCUGGCACACAUCACCAUCCCCAGUCACCUGCAAGAGAAGGCCAUCACAGUUUUUUGGGAGUUGUGUCAUAGUGCUGACACCUGGACUGCUAAGGCAGUAGAGAUUCAAGAGACGGCAGAUGGGCAGAUAUACAGUGUAGAGUUGACUGGUAUUUCAUGCAACCCACCCAAGGAAAUGUGGAGAGAACUUGUUGAGGCAGGAGUUGCUGUUGGUACCAAUAAGCAGGUGGAAGAGACUAAGGAUAAGAAGCAUGAGUCAUUGGACACUAUCAACACAGCGUUCAUAGAGGGCAAGGAAGCUGCUGAUUUCCUCCUUAGCAUCCCCUCCAUCAGGGUACAAAUAGAGAGAGAUAAAAAGGAGUUUAAUGAACAGAUCUCUAAGACGACAAAGGGAAAGAUCAAUGGUGAUAAAGCAACAAAUGAUGAUGUAAGUAGAAGAGACAGCAGUGAGGCUCCUGAGAGAGAAAAGAAUAGUCCUACAGUAGCAGAGAAGAAUAUUGACUCUAAAGUAUCUUGUAGCUCAGUGGUGGAGGCUCGUGAUACUAACAAGGUGCACCAGGAGAGGACAAAUAAUGCUUAUGUGCCACAUAGAAAUCGAAAAGCAUUUGAACAAACAUCAGCUGUUUUUUAUGAGAAAUGCCUUCUUGUGCCUCCUCUGCAAGCUGUGGAAAAUGUUUCCUCUAAACUGUAUCCAGAAACAUCUUGGAAUCAGAACGAAGAAUCUGUCUUUGUGAAUAUUCAUCUCAUGGGGGUGGAGAUAUACAAGUGUCGUUUUGGAUCAUCUCAUUUAACAUUUAUGACCGUAAAAGAAGAUAGGUUUUAUAUCAUAGAUGAAACUCUACAAGGAAACAUAGAUCCUGAUAAGUCAACAAUACAAAUAAGGGGAGUAUGUGUUUCCGUCACCCUCUGGAAGGCUGAAAAGGGAAAAUGGGGCAGUCUGUUAGCAAACAGAAAACGGCGACAUUGGUUAAGAGCAGAGUAUCAACUACGUUUACCUUUCACUGAUGACGAUGAUACACAGAUUGAGGGUGAGAAGGGAGGUGAAUGGUGCACAGCAAAGUCAGAUGCCCCUACAAAGGAGUAUGGAGGACUGCCUGCAGGGAUAAGUGAGAGUGAUGUAUCUGAUGAUGAAAUAUCAGAGGAAGAUUUCAUAUCAUGAUGAACAUUUAGGAAGAAAAAAGGAAAACUGAAGACUAUAAAACUGUAUUGAUAGUAAUAUUUUAGUCUUUUUUUAUGUCUUUGUCACUUACCUUACUAGCCAGUCAGGUGGUUGGUCAAUGCUGUUGGUAUUAUGGGCUCUAGAUCGUACCUUAACUUACACUAGGUCCUGUCAACUGUUUCUGGCAGGUAAUUCCAAAAGUCCACAACUUCAGAGCAGUUAGAAUUCAUAUUAAAAAACAUCUUUACUGUGGAUGGAAGUGUGUUGAGAUGGAGUGAAUAAGUAAAAUAUAUGUUUAAUAGAUAACUGAAAAACUCUAUUGUAUUGUGUAAUAAAAUGUGGACGAGGAGCCACACAGCCAAGACACGGGUUGUCUGGGAAGUGGGGGCAGCUCUCCCAAUAACAGAUACUUUUGGUGCACUUCAAUAAUGAUCUCAAGCUAGUUGGGAAUUUAUUGUUCACCUCAGUUUAAUUAAUUUAAUUUAAGAGUACAGAGUAUUGAGUUUUAUUAUAAUUUAAUUUUUAUAAUUUUUUGUUAUACGCCAGUAAUAUCUCUGUUAGCUGGAAUCCCUCAAACCUCGAAUUCUCCAAUAGCCGGAAUUUAAAUUUUCCGUAAAAUUCUCUGAAUUCCGUGUUUGGGAAAAAAUUCCAAGUUUGAAAAUCCGGUGCAUUUUCUGAAAAUUCCAAGAAAAUUUUUGGAAAAUCUGAACACAUUUUUAUUUCUGGGUCUGGUAAUAAAUUUCCAGGGCAUUCCAAAAGAUGGUCCAACACAUACCAGACUUGUGGGUGGCCCAGCUGCUUGGUUCACUUGGUUCUGCUGCAAUUGUAGAAGGUUGUUCCCUCGAUAUAUUCUGUUCUUUUGUACACUUUGUGUUGUGCAGUGCUGUACAUUGUACCAGAACAAAAUCAGCCAAGAAUUCAAUGUUAAAGCAGUGUUAUGAAAACAAUUCGUUCUAGAAGGUCAUUCAUUAACUGAAACCAUUGUUUCAAUGGGAUUUUGGGUAAUUGGUUCCAGCUCACCGGAAAUUACAUACAAAGUAAAAAU